AUGAGAGGUAGCGUAAACCGUAGUGCAUACAUCCUCUUCAUUCUUCUCCUAUACCUUUAUUGCGGCUUGUUUACCCCACUACCACAGCCUACGACGCUGACCAUGAGCAUCACAAGAUCCGUCGAAUACUGUCACAGACUUCGACAGCUGGCCGCGGACCAGCUGCGAGCCGUCACAGAGUAUACUAUUCGAGGUCGUAUGGGUCCUGAGCAGGAGCUGGCCUUGCAGACAGAAAUCCUCAGGAUAGCCGCGAACAUACAGCGAAUGAUGCCGCCAUUGGUCGAUCAGGGAGGAGAGGGCCGCGUUACUUCCGAUCAAGCCGGUAUAUCGCUGUUGCAGGCCUCUGACGAUACAGCCUCAUUACGUGGCACUUCUGGCGAGAGAGUAUAGCGGCGGCAAGCUUCAUGUACCUAGCUGACGAUGGAGUCACAGUAGUGGAACGCAUGACGCUAUUGAUAGGAGUUGGUAUAGACGAGAAUGGGGUUUCCGCCAUCGUGCAGCGUAUUCCACAUUUCAAACUUCGUCAGUUGAUCAAAAGCAAAACACCAAAGACCUGCACAGGAACACGGUAUCUCUCACACCACGCAAUCACACAUGAUCUAUUGUCAGACGGCACCAACUGUCAUGCGGUCUUUGGACAUACACAUCUUGACCAUUUCCUACAGUACAUAGUUUAUAAUUCAAUGCUUGUUCGUGCCACGCCAAGAUGGGAAGCUAGUUCACCCGGUCUCACGACCAUUCUCAUAUCACCCUUUGAGCUGACACUAUCACAACCGAUGUCGGUUCUAUGUUCAUGUACCAAAAGUCUGUUGACAGGCAACCACUUGAGAGAGAUUGCCUGUGUUAGCUUAAGGAGCGCGGUCCGACGUGCCUUGCUAGCCGGGAAACUCGGUUGUCGUGUCCGUGUAAGCCAAAACUAUUUCCGCCGCCAUGCCAGCCCCGCCUUUCCGGAUAAUGUUAGGAGGCCCCUUUUUGUUUCUGGGUGGGCUCUUCUCGGCCUUGGAGCAGGAAGUCCAUGAGUUGACGAGUCUCCGGAUGGUGCAAUCUGAAGGUGAGGGCGGCGACUCGAUGCAAAGGUAGUCAAGGUAAAGCACCAUAAGUGACCUUAGCUGACGCGCGAGACCAGUUCCGCCGAUGCAGUCGUUCUGGACGAUGAAGGUGGGGGUGGCCGGUCGAGAAGGUGGGGUGAAUGGUCACAUCCAAAAGAUG